UAUCAGAGAUAUCCAAAAUAAUAAUCAAACGACAUCAAAAACUAAUUGGGUCUUCUAAAAGCCCAUUAAGAAUGAACAAAUCUUAUCCAAUAGCCAAGUCCAUGUCCGAAACUUCCUUUCAUAUGGCGAGCGCCGUCAUCUCCGCUGCGUUUCGACUCCCGUUCGUUACCCGUCGACUCUCUGUUCCGGCGCCGCGAAUUAGGUUUUGUCACUCCACAAUCCGGUUGGCUCAUCUCCGCAGACUCACAACGACUUCUUCUUCUAUGAGCCAACAGACUGGAAAUAUGGAUGCCGUCGUCGAUGCAUCCAGCAAGGAGGAGAACUCUGCGAAGAAUCCCGACGACGUCGUGGUGCAAUACGUGGUACUCCGGAGAGAUCUGAUCGAUUCGUGGCCACUCGGGAGUGUGGUAACACAGGGAUGCCACGCGUCAGUGGCGGCGAUCUGGUCGUUCAAAGACGAUCCAGUUACUCUUCAGUAUUGCGAUCCGCAGCACAUUGAUUCUAUGCACAAGGUGACUUUGGAGGUUAAAGGUGAAACGCAGAUGAUGAAUUUGUCAGAGAAGUUGAAAUUAGGAGGAAUCUCUCAUAAGCUAUGGAUGGAGCAGCCGGAGAAUAUUCCAACUUGUAUCGCCACAAAGCCUUACUCCAAAUCUCAAGUCUCUUCUUUCUUCAAGAAGCUCAAGCUUUGCAAGUGAAUCAUUCUUCUUCUCCAAAAAUCCCAAUUUCAUAUAAAUCUCAUUUCAAAAAAAAAUCUGUAAGCUGAAAUUUUAUAUGAUCAUGGUUCAUACAUAUACUGAGCAAUCAUAAUAGAGAAGAUAUGUUCUUUUCU